AGAUAUCAGCAAGAAUCAAAUAUCUGACAUUGCGCCUGAUGCAUUCAAAGGCUUGAAAUCACUCAUUUCAUUAGUGCUCUAUGGAAACAAGAUCACAGAGAUUCCCCAGGGCCUUUUUGAUGAUCUUGUGUCUCUGCAGCUGCUACUUCUCAAUGCCAAUAAGAUCAACUGCCUGAGGGUAAACACGUUCCAAGGACUGCAUAAUCUCAAGCUGCUAUCUCUUUAUGACAACAAACUGCAAACCAUCAGCAAGGGGCUUUUUGCACCUCUCCGAUCGAUCCAGACUCUACAUUUAGCUCAGAAUCCAUUUGUGUGCGACUGCCAUUUGAAGUGGCUGGCUGAUUACCUUCAGGAUAAUCCGAUAGAAACCAGCGGUGCUCGAUGCAGCAGUCCGCGUCGCCUUGCCAACAAACGAAUCAGUCAGAUCAAGAGCAAGAAGUUCCGCUGCUCAGGGUCAGAGGAUUACAGAAGUAAAUUCACCGGGAAGUGUUUCAUGGACCUUGUCUGUCCUGAGAAGUGUCGCUGCGAGGGAACAAUUGUAGACUGCUCUAACCAAAAACUCACCCGGUUACCCAGUCACCUUCCUGAGUAUACUACUGAUCUGCGUUUGAAUGACAAUGAUAUUUCUGUUUUGGAAGCUAUUGGACUCUUCAAGAAAUUGCCCAACCUCAGAAAAAUAAAUCUAAGCAACAAUAAGAUCAAGGAGAUCCGAGAAGGCACAUUUGAUGGAGCUUCAGGAGUGCAGGAACUGAUUCUGACAGAGAAUCAACUGGAAUCAGUGCACGGACGAAUGUUUAAAGGCCUCACAGGGCUAAAGACGUUGAUGCUGAGGAGCAACUCUAUCAGCUGUAUAAACAAUGACACCUUUGCUGGACUGAGCUCAGUAAGGCUUCUUUCUCUGUAUGACAAUCACAUCAGCACCAUCACCCCUGGAGCCUUCAGCACACUAGUCUCUUUGUCUACAAUUAAUUUGCUGGCUAACUCGUUUAAUUGUAACUGCCAUUUGGCCUGGCUGGGAAAAUGGUUGAGAAAGAAGAGAAUUGUCAGUGGAAAUCCACGCUGCUUGAAACCCUUUUUCUUAAAGGAUAUUCCAAUCCAAGAUGUAGAUGUCCAGGACUUCACCUGCGAUGGUAAUGAUGAAAGCAGCUGUUUGCUUUCACCUCCGUGUCCUUCCCAGUGUACCUGUGUGGACUCAGUGGUACGUUGCAGCAACAAAGGGCUGUGGAUAUUGCCCAAAGGAAUUCCCAAAGAUGUGACUGAGCUAUACCUGGAAGGAAACCAUCUGACUGCUGUGCCGAAGGGGCUCUCCACCUUCAGACACCUGACACUGAUUGAUUUGAGCAACAACAGCAUAAGUGUAUUGGCCAAUUACACCUUCAGCAACAUGACUCAGUUAUCAACACUCAUCUUGAGCUACAAUAGACUUCGGUGCAUUCCAGUCCACGCAUUCAAUGGGCUCAAGUCUCUUCGUGUGCUGACACUCCAUGGAAAUGAUAUUUCCAGUGUUCCUGAAGGUUCUUUCAAUGAUCUGGUGUCCCUGUCCCAUCUGGCUCUAGGUACCAACCCUUUGCACUGUGAUUGCAACCUCCGCUGGCUUUCCGAGUGGGUGAAGGCAGGGUACAAAGAGCCAGGGAUAGCCCGCUGCAGCGGGCCUGACGCCAUGGUGGACAGGCUGCUGCUCACAACACCAACUCACCACUUCCAGUGCAAAGAGCCAGCAGAUAUCAGUGUUGUGUCCAAGUGUAACCCUUGCCUCUCCAAUCCAUGUAAGAACAAUGGGACAUGCAACAAUGAUCCAGUGGAGUUUUAUCAAUGCACUUGUUCUUUUGGCUUCAAG